UUGGCCCAGGACCUGCUGCCAGCGAAGAAGCCCAGCCAUGUCAGGCACGAGGAGCCCAGGUUCAAAAUGAUCCUCCUGGGGGACUUUGGAGUGGGGAAGACCACGCUCUUCCAUCGCAUCAAGCUGGGGGCUUUCCUGGAGGGGACCUACCCACCUGGCCAGCACAGCUACACGUGUGAGAAAACCCUGCCCCUGAAGCUCAACAGCAAGAACUGCCAGGUCCAGAUUUCCCUGUGGGACACGGCUGGGGAGGAGCGCUUCCUGUCCCUGAGCAGGAGCUACUACCGGGACGCGGAUGCUGUGCUUCUGGUGUACAGCCUGCAUCACCUCCUCUCCUUCGACAGCCUCUUGCACUGGCUUUACCUGGCCAGGCAGUACUGUGCAGAUGCCAAUCUCUUCCUCCUGGGCAACAAGAGUGACCUGGAGAGCUGCGUCCCUGAAGAGAAGGCCGAGAGGUUUGCGGUGGAGCACGGCGCGUCCGGCAGGUUCAAAGUGUCAGCCAAGACAGGUGAGAACGUGGAGCGCAGCCUGCAGGAGAUGCUGGAGAGGCUGUUCCUCAGGAACGAAUUCCAGCACAGCAGCCUCCAUCUCCCGCUGCAAGAUGCCAGCUACUACGACAAAUGUGGAUGCUGAGCCGUGGGAGAGCCUCCUGCCGCAGCAUUUUAGAGGAUGCUUCAGAAGCCUCAUUCACCGUGCCAUUGGUCUCGGGUAGCCUUUCUCUGUACGGUUUGCCGCAUACCGGAUCGGGACAUUUGCCACUUCCUUGGAGACGGCUGGGCUACAGCAGCCGCCUCUGUCUGACCUGAAGGGUCUCUGCAGUCUGCAGCAUAUUCUGCCUUGGCGUUGGUACCCUUGGCUGGAAUUCAUCUUGGUGGGCCAAUGAGACUCCCUUGCUUCACCUCCAGCAAUGCUUCUCUUUGGAGAUGGGUGG